CGGCUCGUUCGGAACAGAUCCCUUCUUCGUUCGACCUGUCUCGCGUAUUCCGCAAAAGAUACAUACACUUUCUGUUCACGAGAACGUACAUCAUAAUCAACAACCAUCAUCGCAAGUGUAAUUGAUGAGGGGUUGAUUUGUGCAGUGCGCUAUAGUUAUCAUGUUUUUGGGUGGGUCUGUUGUUUCAUUGUUCGUCGAGGCCGCCUCCGCCGCCUCUCUACCCACUGUUAAGUGACUUGAAUGGAUCUUGACAAAAAUGAACUGCUGCAUGAAGAGUGCGGGUGAAGAUGAAGAGGAUGCAAACGAAAGUUCGCCUCCGCAUUCGGGGGCUCGAAGAAAUACUGACACCUACAUAGACAUCAUCAAAUCGGAGGGAGCAGCCAUGAUGUGCCUUCUGGAGAAGCCCCUCGUCGACAAAAAAGUCAAGAGGCACAGUAUACAUGGAAUGAUGGAAGAAGAGAAUGUGAUCCGACCUCAUCAGGAGAUAGCCCAACUAUCGCUGGAAGAAAAGAAGUUCCUGUUGGCGGUUGAACGGGGAGACGUCGCCUCGACAAGACGAAUGUUGAAAAAGGCUGAAGAGACCAAUUACAUAAAUAUCAACUGCGUAGAUCCAUUGGGAAGAAGUGCACUGCUUAUGGCUAUAGACAACGAAAAUCUGGAAAUGGUUGAGCUUCUGAUCGCCCAUCGCGUAGAGACUAAGGAUGCUUUACUCCAUGCAAUCUCCGAGGAAUUCGUGGAAGCAGUCGAGGUGCUCCUAGAACACGAAGAGACGAUACACAAACCCGGCGAACCACACAGUUGGGAGGCUUUGCCACCUGACACAGCCACCUUCACGCCCGAUAUCACGCCUUUGAUCCUUUCAGCGCAUCGCGACAACUACGAAAUCAUCAAAAUCCUACUCGAUCGUGGAGCAACUUUACCUAUGCCUCAUGAUGUCAGAUGCGGAUGCGAUGAGUGCGUGACGUCGCGCAUGGAGGAUUCUCUCAGGCACUCCCGCUCACGAAUAAAUGCGUAUCGAGCGUUGGCUUCUCCGUCCCUCAUUGCGUUAUCCUCCAAGGAUCCGAUUCUCACGGCUUUCGAACUUUCCUGGGAGCUGCGCAGACUGAGCUUCUUAGAACACGAGUUCAAGAUAGAAUAUCAAGAGCUUAGGAGACAGUGUCAGGACUUUGCGACUGCCUUAUUAGAUCACACCCGGAGUUCGUACGAGCUUGAAGUUCUUCUUAAUCAUGAUCCUACCGGUCCAGCAUUUGAACACGGCGAAAGGAUGCAUUUGAAUCGAUUGAAAUUAGCCAUCAAAUUAAGACAGAAAAAG